AGUUAUCAACAUUAAACUAAAGAGAAAUAAGAUAUAUGAAAAUUAUAUUAAAUUGUAUAAACAAUUAAUAUUGUUGUUUAUAAAACAACUUUUACUUUUUAUAUAGUAAUCCUACAAGAUUGUCAAUAAGAAUUUUCAAAAAAGGACUAAAUUCAUAUUAAAUUUUAAUUUGAUUACAAAAAUCGAUAAUUUAUGCUAGGAUAAUCAGGUUAUUAUGUUACCUGCCAAAAUGUAUCGUUUAUGCAAUUCACAAUACAUCCAUAAAGCUCUCAAAUUGCGAUGCAUGUGUACUAUUUCAAUAGAAUCUAAUGUCAUACCUAUACCAGAAAAUAUCACUUACAUAGCUAAACAGUUAAAUAUAAACAAUAUAAUGCUGGCUAACAUUGUAAGUAAGCAUCAAGAUAAAUUGAAAUUGCAUUCGGUGUCUCGUUGGAUGGAAAUUUUCGAUUAUAUGAGUCAAUAUGAUUUUAAAAAGUCUGAACUUUUAGAAAUGAUCGACUCAAAUCCUGAUUUACUGAGUAUUAGUCGUAACGAUCUACAUGAAUGUAUGUUUGCUUGGACUAAUUGUCAUUUUGAGGAUAAAAAAUUAAGACAGUUGUUGGUGGCACAACCAUCGUGUUUGCUAUUAAACCAAAAACAAAUUUUAUCCAGAAUUCCGAAACUUUUGCCGUUUAUAGGAAAUAAACAUAACCGACUUUUGGAAUUAAUAUCAUACUCUCCAAAUGUUAUGUUCGACAACUGGAAAGAAAUAGAAAAAAAAUUGAAUUAUAUAUUAUUUAAAAUGGAGCUAGGUCCUAAUCAAUUUGUAACAACAAGUGUGAUGUCAGAAACACUAUUUGAUUUACAAUGUCGGCACACAUUUUUAUGUAAACUUGGGUUGUGGAAAAACCGCGAUCCAAAAGACAGUGUAAAUCAGUUGAGUGGUAAUCCAUCUUUAAAGAGAAUGAUCGAAACUAGUGAAAAGGAGUUUGCUGUCAAAGUUGCUGCAGUAACUGUAGAAGAAUUUAUUGUAUACAAACAAUUAUACUCCAAAGAAAACGAGCAAAAUAAUUCUGAUUCUGACAUAGAAGAAGAUAAUGAUUAAUUUCUGUUAAUUUUAUGAAUUGUAUGUGGUAAUAAUUAUUAUAUUGAAAAUAUUUCAAUGUAUGUUAUUUAGAUUGUCUAAAAAGUUAAUAAAGCAUUUUUAUUGUAAAAGAAAA